AUGUCACUCCUUUUCGUUCUGCUGGUGAUUGUCCCAUUGGCCUUUCCUCCUGUGGGGUCAAUAUCUGUGUCCAAUGGGGGCAGAUGGGGCAGUUGGGGCAGGACGGUCUCAUGUCCCAGUGGCUACCGGGCAUUUGGCUUCAGUCUGAAGGUGGAGGGCAGACAGGGAGGAGGAGAUGAUACGGCACUCAAUGGCAUCAGACUUCUCUGCAGACACGUGAACAACUACAGCGCCCGGCGCAUCAUCGCAUCGUCUGAAGGACGAUGGGGACGCUGGACAUCUUACCGGACUUGUGGCUGUGCCGGAUACCUUCGCUCCUUCAGGCUCCGCGUCGAACGUCCCCAAGGCUGGGGGGAUGACACCGCUGCCAAUAACAUCAUGUUCCGCUGCACCGACGGCAGACUCCUGACUGGUGCUGGGCUCACCUGGGGCAGUUGGGGCGGUUGGAGCAGCUCAUGUACCAGGGGCAUCUGUGGCAUCCGGACCAAGAUAGAGCGACCACAGGGCUGGGGGGAUGACACGGCUCUCAAUAGCGUCAUAUUCAGAUGUUGUUAAUGAAUCCAUAUACAGUGGUGACGUGUUCUCUGAAAGAACAUCUCACAGUUUACCGUGUGGGGUUUGUAAAUGAGUAGUGGUCUAAUUCACUGUCAUUUGUAAUCUCUGAUAAACAGACUGGUUCUGAUGUGAGACGUCAC